CAUGAAGCAUUCACAAUUAGAGACAUCCAAAUCCCUUAUUUCUUAGUGAUGGAUCUUUUGUUCCUAUGCCUCCUUCCCUUCUUAUUCUACUCCCUCUUCACCCUCUUCAAGUUGAUUCUCCAACGUAGAGGCCAACCAUGUUACAUGUUAGCCUACGAGUGCUUCAAGCCCCCAGAAGACACCAAACUCGACACUGAUUCCGCCGCAAAAAUCGUCCUCAGAAACCAGAAACUGAGGCUGGAGGAGCUUCGGUUCCUCCUCAAAACCAUCGUGAGUUCCGGCAUCGGCGAGAACACUUACUGCCCCAGAACGGUUCUCGAAGGGAGAGAGGAGUGUCCAACUCUUAAAGACACGUACGAGGAAAUCGACGAGAUCAUGUUUGACACACUCGACAAUCUCUUCAAGAGAACAGGGAUUCAUCCCUCCGAGGUAGACAUCCUCGUGGUGAACGUGUCCUUGUUCUCCCCAGCACCUUCUCUCACAGCACGUAUCAUAAACAGGUACAAAAUGAGAGAAGAUGUGAAAGCCUUCAACCUCACUGGAAUGGGGUGCAGUGCGAGUGUGGUUGCUAUCGACGUGGUGCAGCAGCUUUUCAAGACUUAUGAGAACUCUCUCGGUGUUGUUGUGAGCACUGAGGAUCUUGGUGCACAUUGGUACUGCGGAAGGGACAAGAAGAUGAUGCUCUCUAACUGUCUCUUCCGCUCUGGAGGAUGUUCCAUGAUGUUCACAAACAAGACCUCUCUCAAGAGCCGUGCGAUACUGAAGCUGAAGCACAUGGAGAGGACUCAGUAUGGUGCUGAUGAUGAGGCUUACAACUGCUGCAUACAGGUGGAGGAUGAGUUAGGGUACUCAGGCUUUCGCCUGACCAAGAGUCUUGUUAAGUCCGCUGCACAAGCCUUGACAGUGAACCUUCAAGCCAUGGCACCAAACAUUCUGCCACUGUGGGAGAUGUUGAGGUUUUUCUUUGCAUCUGUAAGGUUUAGUGACAUGAAGAAGAGGGAGCUUGUGCCCUUUCUCACAGGGUUGGUCCUUGGGAAGGGUAAGAAUAAGAUGAAGAAGAUCUUCACGUUUAAUGUGUUGGGAGGGGGAUUGAACUUCAAGGCUGGGGUGGAGCAUUUUUGUGUGCACCCUGGUGGGAGGGCAGUGAUUGAUGGGGUUGGUAAGGGUUUGAGGUUGAAUGAGUACGACCUUGAACCUGCAAGGAUGGCUCUUCAUCGUUGGGGUAACACUUCUGCUGGGGGCCUUUGGUAUGUUUUGGGGUACAUGGAGGCCAAGAAGAGGCUCAAGAAGGGUGAUAGGAUCCUCAUGAUUAGUCUUGGAGCUGGGUUUAAGUGUAACAACUGUGUUUGGGAGGUGAUGAGGGACUUGUCUGAUGCUAAUGUGUGGAAAGACUGCAUAGAAAGUUACCCUCCAAACACACUAAACAACCCUUUCAAGGAAAAGUACGAUUGGAUCAAUGAUGAAUAUCUCAGCUUUGUGAGGUUGGAUUUUAGCAGGAUGCUCCUUUAGAAGGAAUUAAUACAGAGAGAGAUAGGGGUAUAGAAAGAAUAUUAUAAACUCUAGCUCAAUUGCUCAAACUAUACAGGUUAUUUAGGAAGUUAUUGUGUCAUGAUAACUAAUUUCCAGCUUUCAAAUAUUUGUUCUCGUUCUAGUUUAAUUAAACAUAUAGUUCUAUAUAUUGGUCGGAGGAAGGAAAUGUAAGUGUAGAGUUAAUUUGUUAAGAGGAAAAAACUUCAAAACCCUGUACUAUUGUGCUGUUGAUGAAAUAAAGUUCAUGACAUUAAUGUGGGCGUGA